AUGUCCAUCGAGGAUGUCACUUCCAGUGUUCUGAGCAAAUGUCCUUCAUCAGCCCUUCAAAUGGCACCGCAAAAAAAAGUGGAGCGACAAGAACACCAUGUCUUUGAGCAGCUCUUAGAAUCUUAUCCCGGUCUUCUGGAACAGCUGAAAAAUGGGUCUGAUGAAGACAUCCUUCUCGUUGGGGAACUAAUUGGCAAGGGAGCCGCAGGCACGCGAGGUGAUGAUACGAAAACGCUCAAGUCUGCAGUCCUUGAUUGGAUUGUCCCGCAAGGAGAAGCUAUCCAGCCUCCUUUGCACAGAAACUCGAAGAUUGACCGUGGAUUCAAUCAUGACCUUACUGGAUUCCUACUUUGUCCUGUUGGAUUAGAUUGGAACGACUCACAGACUAAAGAAAAUCUACGAAGUGGCAAACUAUGGGCUUAUAAGCAUGUGUUCACGUCUCCAAGCUCUGUCGAGAAGGAGCCGAAAGCCACGCAAUCUGGCAAUGCUCGCCUCCAUGGCAUGAACUCGGUCACCACCGCUUCUAUCGCAUAUAUUGCGACUCAGACAUUUUACCAUAGCCUUCUCGACCUCCUUGGAGACCCUGAUGAAUCUAAGGAAGUCGACGAAUUAUUAAUGUGGUGGAAUUGGUAUUUCCGACAUCUUCUGCUGCCAAACGACACAUCAGCGCCAAUAGUGCACUAUCGAAGAUUCGUCAAAAACACCUUGCUUUGA